AUGACAUCCCCACCACCCACGCCCGCUCGCCUCACGACCCAAUCACCGAUGGAUCCACGCGUGGAACAUCAAGACCUUCUGCAGAACUUCCGCUUCACCGACCUCCCUGCCGAGAUCCGCAACCAAAUCUAUCGCUGCGUCCUCAUCCGCCACAGGCAGCCCGUCAGACUCAGCAGACUCCACGGGGGACCGACCCUCGACGACCUGGCUGUCGUCUUCACCAACCGCCUCAUCUACUCCGAAGCGAUGCCUGUUUUCCUCUCUGGGAACGCCUUCGCCAUUACAGGACAACGCAAGGAGCACACCUGGCUGCGCCGAAUGCGCCCCGAAGGACGCAGUGAGCUCCGCAACCUCACACUCGUGGUCGACCCGGCCGGGAGCAACCACGACUUCAGCCUCUACAACGCCUUGUCCCUGUGCCCGCGGGUGCACCUGACGCUGAUCGUCGGUCCGACCCGCUUGGCCGAGGCGGCGCUGGAGAAGAAGGGCAGUCUGCGCAACAUGCACGGGUUCGCGGCCGUGACGUCGGACGCGCUGCCGGAGGAAACGGAUCUCUGCCCGCACCAUCGCCGGCAGGGCGUGGCCGCGGGCUCGGAGGCGACGCAGCGGCGGGAUCGCAUGGGACGGUUUGAGCUUUUGCUGCGCCAGUUCGGGGCUCCGUGCGUGGGCGGGUGCGGCAGGGUGCACAAGGGGCGAGAGGGGACGCAUACGCAGGCUACGAUCCAUGUCUCGUUUGAAGGGGCCGUCUCUAAUCCAGGCUACCUGGAGCGGUCUGAGGUCUUCGAUGGAGACGAGUCAGGUUGUGAAGGAGGUUACAAUUCUGCGCUUUGCGCUUCCAGUCUCAGCACGUGA